GCGGCGACCGGAGAGGGAGCGGCGGGCGCAGGCGGCAGCAGCGGGAGCGGCGUUGGCGGCGGCCCCGGCGGAGCGAACGCGGAACCGGAGAGCGGGGAGCCCAGGCGGCCGUGCGCGUCCUGGCCGGGCCCGGGCCCGCGCGCCCCGCAUCGCCCGCAGUCCGGGCAUCCAGACCGCCCCGGCGUCCGAGGGGCUCCGGCAGGCGGGGGGAGGGGAGGGGGCCUGCGCGCGCGCUCGGGGGCGCUCCGGGGAGCGUCCGGCUAGGCCCGGAGCCGGCCGGGGGCGGCGGCGGCAGGAGCACCCCCUCCGUUUGGGCGCCCGGCUCGGCCGCUGGCGACAAGGGGCGCUCCCGAGGAUUUGCGAGUCUCCGGAUCAAGUCUUCGCCAGCGGGGCCGCCGCUGCCGGGGAAGGUGCUGCCGGCGGCCACGGAGGGCACAGGGCUCUGGACGUGAGGCGCCACUGCAGCCCCCUGGGUCACCCACAGGCCCCUCCUCCUGCCCCCGGCCCCGGCCCCAGCCCCAGCCCCCAGCCCGGUCCGCUCACUGCCGGACCCUGGCAUGUCCAGGCCUGGCCCGCGCCUGCCUGCCCAGCCCGCGGAACCCCAGCGGCCCCGCGAGCUAGGAUGAGGGGCCAGGCCGCCCCGAGCCCGCGCUGGGUCCUCUGCCCACUGCUGCUGCUGCUGCUGCUGGGGCGCCAGGCGUGGGCCGCCAUGGGGGCCGCCGCGGGGCCCGGGGCCGAGCCGUGCGCCACGCUGGUGCAGGGCAAGUUCUUCGGCUACUUCUCGGCGGCCGCCGUGUUCCCCGCCAACGCCUCGCGCUGCUCCUGGACCCUGCGCAACCCCGACCCGCGGCGCUACACGCUCUACGUGAAGGUGGCCAAGGCGCCCGCGCCCUGCCGUGGCCCCGGCCGCGUGCGCACCUACCAGUUCGACUCCUUCCUGGAGUCCACGCGCACCUACCUGGGCGUGGAGAGCUUCGACGAGGUGCUGCGGCUGUGCGACGCCUCGGCACCCCUGGCCUUCCUGCAGGCGGGCAAGCAGUUCCUGCAGAUGCGGCGCGACGCGGCCCCCGGGCCCCCUGACGACGACUUCUCCGUGGAGUACCUGGUGGUGGGCAACCGCAGCCCCAGCCGGGCCGCCUGCCAGAUGCUGUGCCGCUGGCUGGACGCCUGCCUGGCCGGCAGCCGCAGCUCGCACCCCUGUGGCAUCAUGCAGACCCCCUGCGCCUGCCUGGGCGGGGGCUCCGGGGACCCGGCCUCCGGCCCCGCGGGGCCCCACGGCGACGUCUGCGUGAGGGACGGAGCAGCCGGAGGCCCUGAGAACUGCCUGACUAGCCUGACCCAGGACCGGGGCCAGGAUGGCGCCCCAGGCGGCUGGAAGCUGUGGUCCCUGUGGGGCGAGUGCACGCGGGACUGCGGGGGCGGCCUGCAGACGCGGACGCGCACCUGCCUGCCUUCGCCCGGCCUCGGGGGCAGCGGCUGCGAGGGGGUCCUGGAGGAGGGCCGGCUGUGCAACCGCAAGGCCUGCGGAGCGGCCGCGCGCAGCAGCUCCCGGAGCCAGUCGCUGCGCUCCACGGACGCCCGGCGGCGCGACGAGCUGGGGGACGAGCUGCAGCAGUUCGGGUUCUCGGCCCCGCACACGGGUGACCCCGCGGCCGAGGAGUGGUCCCCGUGGAGCGUGUGCUCCAGCACGUGCGGCGAGGGCUGGCAGACCCGCACGCGCUUCUGCGUGUCCUCCUCCUACAGCACGCAGUGUAGCGGGCCCCUGCGCGAGCAGCGGCUGUGCAACAACUCGGCCGUGUGUCCAGUGCACGGCGCCUGGGACGAGUGGUCCCCCUGGAGCCUGUGCUCCAGCACCUGCGGCCGGGGCUUCCGGGACCGCACGCGCACCUGCAGGCCCCCCCAGUUCGGAGGCAACCCGUGCGAGGGCCCCGAGAAGCAAACCAAGUUCUGCAACAUCGCCCUGUGCCCUGGCCGGGCAGUGGACGGAAACUGGAACGAGUGGUCAAGCUGGAGCGCCUGCUCCGCCAGCUGCGCGCAGGGCCGGCAGCAGCGCACGCGCGAGUGCAACGGGCCUUCGUACGGGGGCGCCGAGUGCCAGGGCCACUGGGUGGAGAGCAGAGACUGCUUCCUGCAGCAGUGCCCAGUGGACGGGAGGUGGCAGGCCUGGGCCUCGUGGGGCGGCUGCAGCGUCACCUGCGGGGGCGGCUCCCAGCGGCGGGAGCGUGUCUGCUCGGGGCCCUUCUUCGGGGGAGCCGCCUGCCAGGGCCCGCAGGACGAGCACCGGCAAUGCAGCGCCCAGCGGUGCCCCGAGCCCCACGAGAUCUGUGGCGAGGACAACUUUGGCACCGUGAUCUGGAAGGAGACCCCGGCGGGAGAGGCGGCCGCAGUCCGGUGCCCCCGGAACGCCACGGGCCUCAUCCUGCGACGCUGUGAGCUGGACGAGGAGGGCGUCGCCUACUGGGAGCCCCCCACCUACACCCGCUGCGUCUCCAUCGACUACCGGAACAUCCAGAUGAUGACCCGGGAGCACCUGGCGAAGGCACAGCGAGGGCUGCCUGGGGAGGGCGUGUCCGAGGUCAUCCAGACGCUGGUGGAGAUCUCCCAGGACGGCGCCAGCUACAGCGGGGACCUGCUCUCCACCAUCGACGUCCUGAGGAACAUGACGGAGAUCUUCCGAAGGGCUUACUACAGCCCCACGCCCGGCGACGUGCAGAACUUCGUCCAGAUCAUCAGCAACCUGCUGGCGGAGGAGAACCGGGACAAGUGGGAGGAGGCGCAGCUGAUGGGCCCCAACGCCAGGGAGCUGUUCCGGCUGGUGGAGGACUUCGUGGACGUCAUCGGCUUCCGCAUGAAGGACCUGCGGGACGCGUACCAGGUGACAGACAACCUGGUCCUCAGCAUCCACAAGCUCCCGGCCAGCGGCGCCACGGACCUCAGCUUCCCCAUGAAGGGCUGGCGGGCCGCGGGCGCCUGGGCCAAGGUGCCCGAGGACCGGGUCACGGUGUCCAAGAGCGUCUUCUCCACGGGGCUGGCAGAGGCCGACGACUCGUCCGUGUUUGUGGUGGGCACCGUGCUCUACCGGAACCUGGGCAGCCUCCUGGCCCUUCAGAGGAACACGACCGUCCUGAACUCCAAGGUCAUUUCGGUGACGGUGAAGCCGCCCCCGCGCUCCCUGCUCACCCCCUUGGAGAUCGAGUUUGCCCACAUGUACAACGGCACCACCAACCAGACCUGCAUCCUGUGGGACGAAACGGACGUAUCCUCCCCCGCCCCCCCGCAGCUCGGGCCCUGGUCGUGGCGCGGCUGCCGCACGGUGCCCCUCGACGCCCUCCGGACGCGCUGCCUGUGUGACCGGCUCUCCACCUUCGCCAUCUUAGCGCAGCUGAGCGCCGACGCGAACAUGGAGAAGGUGGUGGUGCCGUCGGUGACACUCAUCGUGGGCUGCGGCGUGUCCUCCCUGACCCUGCUCAUGCUGAUCAUCAUCUACGUCUCCGUGUGGAGGUACAUCCGCUCAGAAAGAUCCGUCAUCCUCAUCAACUUCUGCCUGUCCAUCAUCUCCUCCAACGCCCUCAUCCUCAUCGGGCAGACGCAGACCCGCAGCAGGGUGGUGUGCACGCUGGUGGCCGCCUUCCUGCACUUCUUCUUCCUGUCGUCCUUCUGCUGGGUGCUCACCGAGGCCUGGCAGUCCUACAUGGCCGUGACCGGCCGCCUCCGGAACCGCCUCAUCCGCAAGCGCUUUCUCUGCCUGGGCUGGGGGCUCCCUGCGCUGGUCGUGGCCAUUUCCGUGGGAUUUACCAAGGCCAAAGGGUACAGCACCAUGAACUACUGCUGGCUCUCCCUGGAGGGGGGGCUGUUGUACGCCUUCGUGGGACCCGCUGCCGCUGUGGUGCUGGUGAACAUGGCCAUGGGCAUCCUGGUGUUCAACAAGCUGGUGUCCAAGGACGGCAUCACCGACAAGAAGCUGAAGGAGCGGGCAGGGGCCUCGCUGUGGAGCUCGUGCGUGGUGCUGCCGCUGCUGGCGCUGACCUGGAUGUCGGCUGUGCUCGCCGUCACCGACCGCCGCUCCGCCCUCUUCCAGAUCCUCUUCGCCGUCUUCGACUCGCUGGAGGGCUUCGUCAUCGUCAUGGUGCACUGCAUCCUGCGCAGAGAGGUCCAGGACGCUGUGAAGUGCCGCGUGGUGGACCGCCAGGAGGAGGGCAACGGGGACUCGGGGGGCUCCUUCCAGAAUGGCCACGCCCAGCUCAUGACCGACUUCGAGAAGGACGUGGAUCUGGCCUGUAGAUCAGUGCUGAACAAGGACAUCGCGGCCUGCCGCACGGCCACCAUCACCGGCACCCUCAAGCGGCCCUCGCUGCCCGAGGAGGAGAAGCUGAAGCUGGCCCACGCCAAGGUGCCGCCCCCCAACUUCAACAGCCUCCCGGCCAACGUGUCCAAGCUGCACGCGCACGGCUCGCCGCGCCGCCCGGGCCCGCUGCCCGACUUCCCCAACCACUCGCUGACCCUCAAGAAGGGCCGCGCGCCCAAGUCCUCCUUCGUGGGCGACGGGGACAUCUUCAGGAAGCUGGACUCGGAGCUGAGCCGGGCCCAGGAGAAGGCCCUGGACACGAGCUACGUGAUCCUGCCCACGGCCACGGCCACGCUGCGGCCCAAGCCCCCGGAGGAGCCCAAGUACAGCAUCCACAUCGACCAGAUGCCGCAGACACGCCUCAUCCACCUCAGCAUGACGCCCGACGCCGGCCCGGCCCGCAGCCCGCCCUCCCGCCAGCCCCCCGAGGCGCCCCCCGCCCAGCCCCCGCCGCCCCCGCCCCCGCCGCCCCCGCCCCCACAGCAGCCUCUGCCCCCGCCGCCCACCCUGGAGCCGGCGCCCCCCAGCCUGGGGGAGCCCAGGGAGCCCGCCCCCCACCCGGGGCCCAGCACGGGCACCGGGACCAAGAAGGAGAACGUCUCCACCUUGUCCGUGAGCUCCCUGGAGAGGCGGAAGUCGCGGUAUGCGGAGCUGGACUUUGAGAAAAUCAUGCACACGCGGAAGCGGCACCAGGACAUGUUCCAGGACCUGAGCCGGAGGCUGCAGCACGCGGAGAAGGACAAGGAGGCGCUGGCCCCCGAGAGCAAGCCAGAGAAGCAGCAGACGCCCAACAAGCGGCCCUGGGAGAGCCUGCGCAAGGCCCACGGGCCGCCCGCGUGGGUGAAGGAGCUGGAGCCGCUGCCGCCGUCGCCGCUGGAGCUGCGGAGCGUGGAGUGGGAGAAGUCGGGCGCCACCAUCCCGCUGGUGGGCCAGGACAUCAUCGACCUGCAGACCGAGGUCUGAGCGGGCGGGCGGUGGCCACACACCGGACGGAGGAGGGAUGCUGCUGGCCCGCCGCUGCCGCUGCCGCAGGACGGGCACAGACGCUCGAGGGCGGCGGGCCAGGCCCGCGCCCGGCUCAGGGCACUCGGACGGCGGCCGCGGAGGCCCGCAGUGCUGGGACCAGAGCCAGCGGGACAGGAGGCGGCGACCCCCGUGGCACAGGGCGCCCGAGGCCAGAAGGUGCCUCUGCCCUCCUCGGACCCAGCCCCGGCGGGCGGACAGGCGGCCGGGACAAUGCCGGGCUGGGUGCGGCCGGCACCGGAUGCUCACUGAGCUGCUGGCCGCGGCCUGGCACCGUUUUUUAGACGCCCCCAUCCCUGGGAAGCAGCCAGCCACCCGCCCCGCCCGCCGGCCUCAGGCGGCGCGCACAGCCCUCCUGCCCCCAGUGCAGGACCAGGGCCCUCAGACGAAGCAGGGGCGGGGAAUCUAUUUUUUCUCUCCUUUUCUUUUCUUCAAUAAAAAGAAUUAAAAACCCA